UCCGGUAUCCAUUUAUGUUAACACAAAGCAGGACUUAUUCUCCAGGAACAUAACGCUGGCGAUCAGAAGCAAACAACAGAUCGCCUUAUGACACCAUCUUAUAUACGGGCGCGGUGUGCGGAAAGAUCUGAUUAUCUGAUCAUCUCCAGCAGAAGCGAAGCGCCAGUGAGCUUAGAGCCCAAUUCAACCGAGGACAACUUUUAAGCGUGUCGUCUGUCUUAACUUCUUUCUUGGUGUAAUUAUCGCGGAGCAUACGAGUCUUGCUUCAUUUUAAUCUAUUGACUCAGUAACUUCAGGGGUGUGUCAGUCGAAGAAAGUUUAAAAACGGAAUGCAAUAGUGACAUUGAACAUCUUGCGGUCCUGCUAUCAGCUCGUUUAUUCUGGAUAAACAGGCUUCAUUUCUUAAUACUGGAACAACAGUUCAGGGAAACUUUGACGAUUUGGGAAGGAUCAGGAAAAAGGACUACGGCCAUGGAACAAGUUAAAGAGGGGGGAGCUUGACGAAGUGAUUGUCGGCCAUGGCGUGCUGCUGGCGGUGGUGCCACCGGACCUGCACAUGCUGCCUGUCCGAGGAGGAGAGGAAGAGCAUUGCGGUGGACAGGGAGAUCAAGAAGAUCCUCAGGCAGCAUAAGAAGAAGGAGCGCAAGGAAAUCAAAAUUCUCCUUCUCGGCACAGGAGAGAGCGGAAAGACCACCUUCAUCAAACAGAUGCGAAUCAUCCAUGGGAGCGGCUACUCCGAGGAAGAUCGCCGGGCCUUCACGAAGCUGGUCUUCCAGAACAUUUUCACUGCUGUUAAGGCCAUGACCAAUGCAAUGACCACACUCAAAAUCCCCUACGACAACCCUGACAACCAGGUGUUAGCUCAGCGGCUGCAGGAGGCAGACACCCUGCAGCUCACCAAGCUGGAUCGGCGCCACGUCGACGCCAUCCAGCGCCUCUGGGCUGAUUCCGGCCUCAAACUUUGCUACAGCCGGCGCCGCGAGUACCAACUACUAGACUCUACUGAGUACUUUAUGGCUAAUUUAGGACGAAUGGCAGCUCACGAAUACAUCCCUACCGAUCAGGAUGUGCUGCGGGUCCGAGUGCCGACGACCGGCAUUAACGAUUAUUCGUUCACCGUGGACAAGAUUUCCCUCAGGAUAGUGGAUGUGGGAGGGCAGAAAUCGGAGCGCAGGAAGUGGAUCCACUGUUUUGAAAAUGUGACCUCUCUCAUCUUCCUGGCCUCCCUCAGCGAAUAUGACCAAGUUCUGGAGGAGAAGGAUACGGAUAACCGCAUGGAGGAGAGCAUGGCCCUCUUCUACACCACCAUACACUCACCCUGGUUCCUCCGUGCCUCCGUCAUCCUCUUCCUCAACAAGAAGGACAUCCUCGCCGACAAGAUCCGCACGUCUGAUCUGCACACGUACUUUCCCAGCUUCACAGGACAGAGACAGGACCCCCUGGCAGCCAUGAAUUUCAUAGAGAGGAUGUAUAUCCAGCAGGCAGUGAACAGGGAGAACAAGGACGAGAAGAACAAGACGGUGUACCCGCACUUCACCUGCGCCACGGACACGCAGAACAUCCGCAAGGUGUUCAGCGACAUCAAGGACACGGUACUCAUCAAAUCCUUGGAGGAAUACUAUCUCCUCUGAGGCCCAUGCUGUCGUUCGCCUGGGGAAAAGGCUCCAGGUUUCCAGAAGAUCAGCGGCACCAGCACGAUCCAGCAUGCUUGAGGGGUCUGACUGAGUCACGGACCGGGACCCCAGAGGCACUGGGUGAUCAGUUUCUGUUUCCUACCUGAGGAGGACCUCCCCCGUAUGAGCGACCACGAGAGCCCCAGCUCUGAAGCUGACUGUCCAGAGUCGGGCCUCGACUCAUUACACGCAGGAGAGGCCUUAGAGAGAACCUCUAUCUCUCCAUUGUCUGCUGCCAUGUGAGAAGUGCCAAGGAAGAGCACUUUAUGUAGAUUGUGACCUUUGCGAGCUGCAUAGAUGAAAACUUCAAGCCUGUCCAUCAUCCUUAUAAUACCGAAUUGAUGAGAAAAUCAUUGUAAAUUAAAACAUGAACUACACCACUUACAACUCAGCUCUUUGCAAGGACCGAAGUGUCAGAUGGGGAACUGCAAUUGACUGCUCUGCUCUGUCAUCCACUUGUUUGGAUGGUGUCCAUUUUGUCAUAUUCCACCAGUUUUUAUUUUUUAGGCCAAGCUACCAAAAUCACCAGCAAUGACAUGGAAGCUGAACGACACUAGUGAAGUAGAGUUCAAAGAGCUAAAUAAAAUAAGCUGGUUCAAGGUUUUGAUGACGUGAAAAUCAUACCAGUAAACACUAUUACAUCAUGGAUAGCACUGUGAGCCCAUUUAGACGGUUCAUGUGUCGUGUUAAACACAGCGUGUCUCACAAACUCUGGCUCAGUGCUGGCCUGAUCUUCGCAGAACCAUUUCCUGCAACAUCAUUGAGUUGAGCUGCUAUCGCUAUUCUUUUACUACUCAGUGAUUAAACCCUGGGUAUGUGGAACACGUAUUUACAGCUUUCUUUGACAUUUUCACGUGAAUAUUGUAUUAGUACAUUCUGCAUGGGUAAUAUGUUUUGCAUAUUUGACAAUGGGAAGUGGAAGGAAUUUUUGUGAUCCCGAAGAUUUCUUGUGAUGGGGAUGAUGUCAAGAAGACAAUUGUGGUAUUAAAAUUUUAAGUGUAUUGUCUGAUACCUCAAUCAUGGAGUGAACUGCUUUAAUUGAUCUGUAUCCUGAAACUGAAGGUAAUCAGCGUCUUUUAAAAUGAUUUUUAUUGUACGUUUGUCAUACAGCAGUCAUACACAUCGUAGUAUUUAUUACCAUCAAUGCCGUUUCAGCCCCCUGCUUUUCUGCGUGGUCUGUGAGUCCUGUAGGAAAGUAUGUUCGUCUCUCUCACAGUAGUGUAUAUGCAUAAUACUGAAAGCUAUGACUUUCAUACAGCAGAACAAUACUAGAUUGAUAAUUUUGGAAGAACACCUCAGAUACCCUGAGAAUGUGCAGUUUGGAGUUUUGUUGGUGAAAUCCAAGAAGACAGGUCUUUCAAGCAAACAGGAUGAGUAACAUUUUUCCCAAGCUCAGACACUGAAUGUAUGCAGUUUAACAAGAGGUCUGUCAAGCUUUUCUUUUCCUGGAUAAGAAUUAAAGCUUCUGGACAGAUAUUAAGAAUUCAGAGUUUGAGCCUGAGGGGGAGCAUGAUAUAAAACGACUUGUGAUACACAUCUUAUCACUCAGUUCCAGAGUUUUAGACUUUCAGAGCGUUCCUGAAGGUUGUGAAGUAAGCCGUGCCUUUAUGAUGUAUGUACUGCAUUGAUCUACAAUAUUGGAUCUAUGUUUUCAAGCUGUGUGCUAUUUCUUCAUUUAUCCAAUUAUAAUUCAUAACUGGUUGUUUUUUUUCUGGCUAAACCUUUCAGAAUAUUUAACCACAGUCAUCCAUUAAAAUGCUAUAAAUAAACUGCUAUAAAUGA